GUGCCGUCGUCGAGGGUGCUGGGCUGUUGCCACGGGGAUUACUGACAUGUCUGCUGCCACGGCAACGGCCAACAGGACCUGAUCUGGGAGGAAGACGAGGAGGUUGUCGGGGUCGGCGCCUAUGAGCAAGGCAGCAUGGAGGAGACGUAACCGGAGGGACAAAGAGCAGGAAACGAAAGAGGAACAGAAAGACAGAAGUGAUGCAGAGUUUCAGGCUUUCUGUCAUCUCUUCUCUGACUUCCUCUCGUUUCUUCACGUUCAGCUCCGGCACAGAGCUGAGGACCGUUGGGGUGAAGCAGCUGAUUGGUUGACCUGUCGGGGGGUCGGAGGUCAUGGCGGGCCGACUCCUCCUCUUCCUGUGCGUCUCUGUGACACUUGGCCACGCCCACUUCCCCCCUGGACAGCGCCUGAAACCCCGCCUCCAGAGAGACAGACGCAACAUCCGACCAAACAUCAUCCUGAUCUUGACGGACGACCAGGACCUGGAGCUGGGGUCCAUGCAGGCCAUGAAUAAAACUCGCCGCAUCAUGGAGGAAGGCGGGACUUCCUUCUCCAAUGCCUUCGUGACUACACCCAUGUGCUGUCCGUCACGAUCGAGCAUGCUCACUGGGAAGUAUGUCCACAACCACAACACCUACACCAACAAUGAGAACUGUUCCUCGCCGUCAUGGCAACGGCAGCACGAGCCGAGAACCUUCGGAGUUUACCUGAACAACACCGGCUACAGGACAGCAUUCUUUGGGAAGUACCUGAACGAGUACAACGGUUCCUACGUUCCUGCUGGCUGGAGAGAAUGGCUUGGUCUGGUCAAGAACAGUCGGUUCUACAACUACACACUGAGUCGCAACGGAGUCCGAGAGAAACACGGAGCGCAGUACCCACAGGACUAUCUCACAGACCUCAUCACCUCUGAGUCCAUCAGAUAUUUUCGCUCCUCUAAGAGGAUUUAUCCUCACAGACCCGUUCUGAUGGUUCUGAGCCACGCAGCUCCUCAUGGACCUGAAGACUCUGCUCCACAGUACAGCAACGCAUUCCCCAACGCAUCGCAGCACAUAACUCCCAGCUACAACUACGCUCCGAACCCGGACAAACACUGGAUCAUGCGCUACACCGGAGCCAUGAGGCCGAUCCACAUGGAGUUCACCAACGUCCUGCAGAGGAAGAGGCUGCAGACGCUGCUGUCAGUGGACGACAGCAUGGAGAAGUUGUACAACAUGCUGGUGGAAACAGGUGAGCUGGAGAACACCUACAUCAUCUACACGUCUGACCACGGAUACCACAUCGGACAGUUCGGCCUCGUAAAAGGUAAAUCGAUGCCGUACGAGUUCGACAUCCGAGUUCCAUUUUACAUCCGAGGACCGAACGUGGAGCAAGGCAGCAUAAACCCUCAUGUAGUUCUGAACAUCGAUCUGGCUCCAACCAUCCUGGACAUCGCCGGCCUCGACACGCCUCCAGACAUGGACGGGAAGUCCAUUCUGACACUGCUGGACACCGACAAACCUGUCAACAGGUUCCAGGUGAACAGGAAGUCGAAGGUGUGGCGGGACUCGUUCCUGGUGGAGAGAGGGAAGCUGCUGCACCAGAGGGUCGAAGGUAAAGAAGUCUCUCAGGAGGAGAACUUCCUGCCCAAACACCAGCGAGUCAAAGAUCUGUGUCAGAGAGCCGAGUACCAGACACCCUGCCAGCAGACCGGACAGAAGUGGCAGUGUGUGGAGGACACCACCGGGAAACUGCGACUCUUCAAGUGUAAGAGCGAAGGGGGCGGGGCUAAGAGCUUCCAGAGGGGCGUGGUCGGCCGCCAGCGUCCAAUCAGCAUCAAGUCUCAGCUCUACCUGCCAGAUACUGACGGCUGUGACUGUGACCUGCUGAGACACUUCAACAGGAAGCCCUUCUUCAAGAAGAAGUUUAAAGCCCUGAAGAGCUUCUCCAGGAACCGCUACAGCCGCUCGCUGUCCAACAGUUACCCCGGCAACGGCAGCCUGGGGGGCGGGGCCGGCCUGGCUCAGCCAAUCACAGAGGAGCCUGAGGACGAGUUCAGUGGGAGGGGGUCGGUUCCUGAUGUGGUUCCUCCAAACUCCAUCAAAGUCACCCACAGAUGUUCCAUCCUGUUCAACGCCACGGUAAAGUGUGAUACUGGAGUCUACCAGACUCUGCAGGCUUGGAAGGACCACAAGCUGCACAUCGACCACGAGAUCGAGACUCUGCAGACGAAGAUCAAGAACCUGAGGGAGGUUCGAGGUCACCUGAAGAAGGCCCGCCCCCUGGAGUGUGACUGUAAUAAAUACCUGUACAAAUCGAAGCUGAAGAACAAGCUGAGGUUGAGAGGAGGAGGAGGAGGCCUUCAUCCCUUCAGGAAGGGCGGGGCUCGGGACAAGAAGGCGUGGCUUCUGAAGGAGCAGAAGAGGAGGAAGAAGAUGAGGAAGAUGAUCAAAAGGAUCCGAAACAACGACACGUGUUCGAUGCCAGGACUCACCUGCUUCACACAUGACAACCAGCACUGGCACACGCCUCCCUACUGGACACUGGGUCCGUUCUGUGCCUGUACCAGCGCCAACAACAACACCUACUGGUGUCUGAGGACCAUCAACGAGACGCACAACUUCCUGUUCUGUGAAUUUGCCACCGGGUUCCUCGAGUACUUCGACCUGAACACAGACCCGUACCAGCUGAUAAACGGCGUCAGCUCUCUGGACCGGACGGUUCUGAACCAACUUCACGUCCAGCUGAUGGAGCUACGAGGCUGUAGAGGACACAAGCAGUGUAACCCCCGCACACGCUCAGUAGAGCCCGCAGGUGGGCGGGCUCACGGCAGCUUUGAUGACUACAGGCUGUUUGAGAGGAGGAAGUGGCCGAGAGUCAAGAAACCUUCAUCGUCUCGAACCCUUGGUCCGAUCUGGGACGGCUGGAAGGGCUAAGUCUCCUGAUUGGUUGAAGCAGGCUCCUGGCCCCGCCCACAGCAGCCUGAAGGAGGGGGAGGGGGUGGUCGUCGAGAUAACGGCGCCGACCGACCGUCACGCCCCUGCCUCGCCGGUCAGCCAAUCAGCUUCUGCAACCUCUGUGACAUCACCAGGCCCCUCCCACCCCGCUGCUCAGGGAGACGCUGGGAUCAAACACCCCCCCACAGGCUCCUCCCACCGCCGGGGAGGGGCAGGGAUCCGGGGGCGGGGCCACGGGGAGGAGGAGUCAGGGAGGUAGACAUGAAACACGACUAUAUUUGUCCAGACUUUAGUUUCAGACUGAAAACAGACCGAGUUCUAAAGAAACUUCACUGAUCUGACGUUUAAAUGAGAUUUAAGUUUCCGUCCCUCAUUAAUCCUUCAGUCGUUAUUCUUCUGAUCACAUUAUUUAUUGGAAAACAGAAAUAAAUCCAUCAAUAAUAUUAAUAUUAAUAAUAAUAACAAUAAUAAUAAUAAUGUAUUUGUAAUGUAUUUUUCAUUUAAGCCAGAGGAGUCAAACUCAUCCUAGUCCAGGUUCCACAUUCAGCUCAGUCUGAUCUGAAGAGGACCGGUAUAACCACCGUAAAUAACUGUAAAUAACCAAGAAAUAAAAAACACAAUGAGACAAAACACGACAAAAAAAUUAGACUAAAAGUUAGAAAGCGACAAAAGAUGGACACGUGACAAAAAUUAGGCAAAAAAUGACCAAAGAAAAAUGACAAAAACGAAACACAAAAUGACAAAAACGAGACACAUAACGACAAAAAUGAGACACAAAAUGACAAAAACGAGACAUAACAACAAAAAUGAGACACAAAAUGACAAAAACGAGACAUUAAAACGGCAAAAAAGACAAAAAUGAGACACAAAACGACAAAAAUGAGACACAAAAUGACAAAAACGAGACAUAACAACAAAAAUGAGACACAAAAUGACAAAACCAAGACAUUAAAACGGCAAAAAAGACAAAAAUGAGACACAAAAUGAGAAAAAUGAGAUACAAACAACAAAAACUAGACAUAAAAUACUAAAAAUGAGACAAAAAACAACAAAAACUAGACAAUAAACGAAAAAAAUGUGACACAAAGUGGCAAAAAAGACGCAAAAUGACAGAUUGGACCCUCUGGAGGACCGCUUUUAGCCCGCGGGCCGCAUGUUUGACACCCCUGGUUUAAUCAAAAUCUCAGAGUGCAAGCACCUAAAAUCAGACAGAACUACAGCAGGAACUUUUCACGACGACAUAUUUUCUGAGUAUUUCAGAAUAAAGUGACGGAAUAAAAACUAUUAAUGUUAUUGUAUUAAAUAUAAAAUCUACAGGAUCUUCUUCUUUAUCAACGGAAUCCACCUAAUAAUAAAAACAAAUUUUAAAGCAAACGGCUUUUCUGCUGUUACAAGAAAAACAUUUCAGAUUUUUACGUUUUUAUUUUUGUGUUAUUUCUGAUAAAACAGAUUCAGUCUCAGAACAACAGAAACACUCCAUUGGUUGUUUUUCAGAUGAAAAUCAAACAAAGGCCGAUCAGACCUUCCUCCUCCUCCCCUUCCUCGUCUUCCUCCUCCUCUUCCUCCUCCUCUUCCUCCUCCUCUUCCUCCUCCUCCUCCUCCUCUUCCUCCUCUUCCUCCUCCUCUUCCUCCUCCUCUUCCUCCUCCUCCUCCUCCUCUUCCUCCUCUUCCUCCUCCUCUUCCUCCUCCUCCUCUUCUCCUUCCUCCUCAGGUUUCUUCUUCACUUGUUUCUUUCUAACAGACAUUGAAGUUCGUGUUCGUACUAAACUGAGACACCCGAUGCUCUGACAUCACCACUGAUGUCACUGUGAUGUCAUGGUUCUGCCCCCCACUAACUUAAGAGUCAGUUACCGUAGCGAUGGAGCUACAGUCAUACUAACCCGGCGACUACAGUUCCCACGAUGCAGCGUGGCGAAGAGAGAGAACAACCAGGAAACAGAAGGACUCUCCGGACGCCUCGUGAGCCAAUAAAAAGAGGACUAGAUGAUGACAUCAUCAGAUGGUUUUAUUACUGAUCUCGUCACCGUCCAAUCACCUUCUGACUUUGUUUUCUUCUCUCAGCGUUUCAGUUUCUCAAGGUGUAAAAUGUAAAAUAUAACUUUAGAAAGCAGCUGAUCCACACAGGAAGUGAACACGUCCCAGGAAACUUAUCAUCACGUCCUCAGUUCUACCUUCAGAUGAAGCGUUGCCAUGACAACAGCUGCUCUGUCUGUGUCCCACAUCUCCCAGCAUGCCUUUCAGCAGCUACUUCCUGGUUUCUAUGAAUCACUGGGUGUUGGGUUCUUCUGCAGGGUUCUCCUCCGUGUUCCUGCAUCCUAAUAAUCAAUAACAACCGAUCAGAACACAGGAAGCUGUAGACGGGUUUUAGUUUGAAAGUCUCAGACUUCAGUCAGAAAAGACAAAGCUAGAAAAUAAAACAUCAGAAACUGUAGUGAAAAUGACCACAAAGACACAAAAAGUGACUAGAAACUGAUGGAAAACAACCACAAAAACACACAUAACAACCACAGAGAAACAACCUGAGGUCAUUUUAAUGAAGACUUCCUGUAUCCAUCAGCUGGUUACUGAUCUUUGAUCCCGUACUCUCCCUUGAAGACACCAGUAGGACCAGUGGAACCCAUUGGAACCAGUAGGACCAGUGGAACCAGUAGGACCAGUAGAACCAGUCCCUGCUUCCUUCCUGUGUGGAUCCGGCUCCAGUCAUAGAGUUCCUUCCUUUAACUCGUCUCGGCUCUGCGGUGCUAUUUGCUGUCUAACUAUGUUCUAGGAAGAACCUCCUGGUUGUGUUUGAAUGUAUUUGUAAAUGUGUAGGUGUGUUUUUUAAAGACGUGCACGAGACUGGACACACACACACACACACACACACACACACACACACACACACACACACACAUACACACACUGAAGGACAAACUGCAGAGCACUUUGGAGGGUUGAGGAUGUGAUAAUACUGAUCUAACACACCUGUACGGUCACCUGUGGACACCGUGUUGGUUUAGUUUGUGAAUAAAGUGUUGAACGCCAAAACAAC